GUCAGAAUCUAAAUAUAACCUAAAACGUAGAUUAAGUAUAAACCCAAAUAUCGAAAUGUAAAUAUUGUAGUUCGUACAUUUUAUUUUUAAUGUACAGUGAAUAUGACCACCAGAAAUCCUUCAACUUUGAUGACGAUCCCGAAUGAGGAAUCGUUUGAUUUCCUUUUUAAAAUUGUUUUAAUUGGCGACUGUGGCACAGGUAAAACUUGUGUUGUGCAGAGAUUCAAAAAUGGUACUUUUAUUGAAAGACAUGGCAAUACUAUUGGUGUAGAUUUUUCUAUGAAAACUGUUAUGGUAGAUGGUAAAAAAGUCAAGCUUCAAAUAUGGGACACAGCUGGUCAAGAAAGAUUCAGGACUAUUACUCAAAGUUAUUAUAGAUCAGCUAAUGGCGUUAUUAUUGUUUAUGAUAUAACUAAAAGAUCUUCUUUACUGUCAGUUGCAAGGUGGGUGGAAGAAGUUCGAAGAUAUUCUGGUAACUCAGUGCUACUGGCCCUAGUAGGCAACAAAGCAGAUUUAGAAACAUUGAGGGAAGUGGAAUUUGAAGAAGCAGAAACAAUGAGUCAAUACAUGCCAGAAGUCUUGUUUGUAUUGGAGGCCAGUGCGAAGGACAAUUCAAAUAUAGAAGAAGCAUUCAUGUGUCUGGCUACAGAACUGAAGAGAAGACAUGAUAAUGGUAUGUUGGAUCAAGAUGAUGAGGAUACAGUUAGAUUGGGAGAAAGUAGAAGUGUAACUAGAUGUAGUAGUUGUUCAAAAAAUUUCCUAUAAUCAAAGCCUAACAUAUCAACUAUUAGGUGGUGCCUUACAUGACAAGUAAUUAUUUAUAAAAUAUAUUUAAGCAUUAUUAAAAAAUUCAAAAUAAUAAGUGUAUUGUGUGAUAGAGAAUACUAUUGAGUAAUAAUCAAAUUGCACUUGCUGAUAUUAGGAAAGAUAAUCAAAUAUGGCAAAAAUCGGUUUAGCAAUAGUUAAAACAAAAUUUAUUUAUAUUUAAAAUUUGAUAAUUAUAUAUUGUUGAUUCAUUAAAUUUUUUAUAUUGUUUAUGUAUAAAUGCUACUAUAUGGUAUAAACUUAUCAAAAAUAUGUAAAACAAGAGUAAGUUGACUUGACUUGACUUGACUUGACUAACUUGUUGAUUUCAAAGCGCUCCGAAAAUUAAUAAAAUAAGAAAUAGCGGUAGUCCAAAAUAAUAUUAAAAAAUAAAUAUUUUUAUAUUUGAAAAUAAAAAAUACAGCCCAUAAAAAUAGUUCCAAACUAUAGAAGUUUCAAAUAUGUUUCAUCAAUCUAUUUUGUUGCUUUUUAGCAAAAAUUGGGCUUUAGAUUGUGGACAAAAUACCCAGUUUGAUAUAUAGUAUUUUAAGUUGAAAAAAAAUCUGCUUGUGUCCAUAAAUUUGUAAACUGUUAGACUCAUUUCUAUAAAGAAAAUAUACGUAACGUCAUAUUAAAUAAUAAUUUGAAUAAGUAUAUAGAAUAUAAACAUUAAGUAUUAUAUAUAAUACUCCACAAAAGUUUGAGAACAUUCAUAAUAAAUAGUUAAAAUUUAAAAAGAUACUACAAUAUAUUUUUAAAUCAAGGACGUCAUUAUUUUUUUCAUCAAGAGGGUGAAGGAAAAGACUGUUUUUCUCCAAAAAUAAUUUUAAGAAAAUUAAUAGUUAAAAAUAUGCAUUACAAAUAAAAGUAUGGGAACAAAACGUGUUUUUAAAUCCAAAUGAAUUUGUUUAAUAAAUUGUGGCAAAACUUUUUGCUUGUAUUACAGGUACAUAUAUCUUGUCACUUCAAUUUUAUAGUACUGAAUAAAUCGUUGUUUUUAAUAUAAUGCAACCAAUCAUUUCCAUCAAUUUGUUUCCAUAAAAUUUUUCCAUUGGUUUGAGAUCAGGUGAAUGAGUUGGUCACUUCAUUACUGUGUUGUGUUAUCACUGUGUCCUCCUUCUACGUACACAUAUUUUAUGUACACACGUUGAUCCAUUAUUUGAUUAAAUCGCACUGUUGGAUCAGGCCUCGAGCUUGAUAAACAUCAACUCACCAUGAUUCCACCACCUCCAUGGUUACUGUUAGAAACUGAUAUUUAAACUGGACGUCUUAUAAUCCGUAGUUUCAAAUAUUAAAAAUUUGCUUUCGUCACUGAACAUUAUUGUAUUUCAUUUUGUAGUGGUCUGGGAAAGGUGUUCUCGAGCGAAAUUUAUUCUUUUCUAGCGAUUCUUAGUUGAAAUAAGUGGUUUCUUCACGAGUCGACGACCCAUUAACCCAUUUUCUUCUGAUUUGCGCCUUACAGUUCAGUAGGCCUGGAUUAAAAAUGGCUGUUUUGAAGAAAUUCAUUUGCAGAUGAAUUGCGCUUUGUAAAAUGUUCAGUGUACACUGUUUUCCUAAACGCAGUUUUUAGUGAACCAGUUUCUCUAUAUAUAAUAUUUUGGACACAGUUCUACGAUGUAUUUAAAAUAUUUAGAAUUAUCUAUUACUUUUUCACCCUUCUAAUACGUUUCAACAAUUUUGUUCUUUAAAUCAAAAUAUAAAAGUUUUGUUUUAGUUAUAAUGGUAAUUCAAGUACAUAAAUUUGUUAACAAUCACCAACGAAUGCAAUGAUGAUUGAGUAUUCAUAGAAAAAAACGUAUACCUAUUUGUUUCCAAAUUUUUGUGUUUUCAUAUAUUUGUAAAAGCGUAUAUAUAACAUUUUGAAGUAAAAUAAGCAUUUAAAAAUCUGAAACACAAUGUACAUGUUAAGUUUGUACUCUUAACAACAAUCCAAACUAUAAUAUAAUUUUUUAUUCGUGUUUCAAAACUUUUGUAGACUACUGUACUUAUUACAUUUUAAAAUUCUUUUUAAUAAGAAAAUAUUUAUUCGAUUAAAUUAUCGAUUCUAUUUUUUAUACAGACAUCUUUAAUGAAGAAAUAGGUAAAGUAGUAUCAGAAUGGCUUUGAGUUAGUUCAUUUUUGGAUGGUACAAGUUUUAAAUAUACUAUUUUUGGGCAUUUGUAUAUCCGAGAAAUUGCAAAACGUAUUUUUAUUUAUUCUACAAUUCCAUUUUAUUCAACUAAGUUACAUUGUUAAUAGCUUCAAAUCUCGAAUAUAUGGAAAAUUAAAAAAAAAUGAUCAAAAACUUUUUGACUAAAAUUAAAAUAUGUAUUGUUCAUAUUCUGAACUCGAUGUUUGGCUUAUUUUAUGUAAUAUAUCUUGUUUUACAUAUAAAAUUUAAUUUAGUUAACGAGAAAACAAGACUUCACAAUAAAUAAUUAACCAGUUCCAUCGACAAAAACUAUUCAGCAAUGUAAUGUUACACUUCAAUUCUCCCAUUUAAUAAAACGAAACCAGUGAUCUUAUGAAUGCUUCUUGUACUAUUUUAUUUUCAUUGAAUACUAAUAAUUCAUGUUUAAUUUUGUACCUGUAUGUAGUUGUCGUAAUAAUGUUUUAUUAGAAUAAUUAGGUGGAUACGUGUUUAACAAAGUGAGUUUUAUAUUUAUGAUAUUUCAAGAUAAGAUUCUCAUGAUUUUACAGUUUUAAGUAUAGCAUUCAGAAAUAUAUGGUGCACCAAAUUGUUGAGGUGAAUAUAGUUAAAACUCAUAUUCGAGAACAUUUAGAACGUGUUUUAGUUUUUAAAAUCGGUUCACGCGAUAAAUGUUCUACUCUUACUUAUGAAUCUACGUGCCUACGCUAACUGGUAACGAGUUAACCAGAGCUGUGGAUUUUAUUGACCUGUUGGUCUUUUAUGCCUUGAAUGUUCUGAGUUCAUUUAGUAAACCAGAUUUACUAUGCCUUUAGUUUAAGAAUCUAACAUUACUUAUGUAAAUUGUUGUGAUAUAUAUUUUUAUAUUAAACAAUGAGUUUUCUUUUAGAUUGCAUAAUAAAAAUGCAUUGAUGUAUUUGAUUGUGUUGUUGUGUAUGAACAGUUUUCACUGGAAAACACAUUGCUCAUUUUGAAGCUUAAAUUUCACACUUGCCUAUUUAACACUGACUGUAGUGUAGAAAUUAAGAGGGAGCAUAUCGCACAUUGUUUUAAAUUGUUUAACGUCUUUCUUCCUUAACAUUUCAUUGUUUAUGGUGCAAUAUGUUCGAGGUAGUGUAUCCGUCCUCUAUAUUUGUUUCAAAUGUUACUUAAUGGUUUCUUUGAUUAAAUUUUGUUAUUGUGCACAUUAACAUUAAUAAUAUUUACUACUCAAUUGUCAGUAUUAAUUUAUUAAAUUAAAUAUAUACACAAAUUAAUUUUACCUAAUUAUAGUUUUAAUGUUAUAAACAAUAAAUAUUGGAUCAAUUAUAGCUGAAAUAGCCUUAUUUUACAUUAGUGUUAAAUGUUCGAAUCUUGUAAAAUAAAGCUACCCAAAAUCAUGUAAUUAUGACAAUAUAUUACACAUAGAAAUAUAUUACUUAUAUAAUUCAUAUACACAGCAAUAUGUAUUCCAAAAUAAAAAUGAUUGUAAUUAACAUAUAACAAUGCCAAAUAUAAUAUUUACAGUUAA